GGAUGUUUGGCGCGCGUUAGGUGGACAUGCUGACGACGAAACUGCGCGAUCGCGCGAGCGCGUGGCGGGUGUUGAUCGUCGAUGAUACGUCGCUGCGGGUGGUGUCGUCGGCGUGCAAGAUGAGCGAUCUCGCGGAGGCGUGCGUGAGCGUCGUGGAAAAUUUGGACGUCGCGCGCGCGCCGCAACCGACGCUGGACGGGGUGUAUUUCAUCGCGCCGAGCGAACGCUCGGUGGCGCGCGUCGUGGAGGAUUGCGAAAAGAAGCUGUAUCGUAAGGCGCACGUGUUUUUUACCUCGGCCGCGCCGCGAGGGGUUUUGAACGCGAUCAAAGCGAGCAAGGCGUGCGUGUCCAUGCUCGGGAACUGCAGUGAGAUGAAUCUGGAGUACUUUACGGUGGAUCCGAAAGGUUUCAGCGUCGGCGUAGAGGACGCUUUGCGAGGGACGUUUGCGGUCGGAUCGGAACAGUCGCAGGCGCAGGCGAGAAUGAUGGAUAUGAUCGCGCAGCGGUUGGCGACGGUGAUGGUGUCGCUCGGGGAGAUUCCGUCGAUUAGGUACAUGGCCAAGGUUGGGAAUAAGAAGAGCGACGUAUCGCGCGGCGUCGCCGACCGACUCGAUCGUUCGCUCACCGCUCUUUUGCGCGCAAAAGGUGCGGAGGCGGCGAAGAACAAUCCCACGUGCGACGUGUUGAUCGUCGAUCGCUCGUUCGACGUCAUCACGCCCGUGGUUCACGAGUGGACGUACGAAAGCAUGGUGACGGAUUUGUUAAACGUGCCGAACGGCGUGUAUCAGUACAAGAUCACGACGAAGAAGGGCGAAGAAUCAAAAGAAGCCGUGCUCGGGGAGAACGAUCCGCUGUGGGUCGAGCUUCGCCACGCGCACAUCGCCGAAGUUUUAACCGUAUUAGCGGAUAAAGCGAAAACGUUCGCGAACGUCGGUCCGGAUGGGGGCGUUGUUGGUGGCCGUGAUUUAACCACCGGUCAAUUGAAGAAAGCCGUCGAGGCGUUGCCCAGAGUGUUGGAGCAACAAGCCAAACUUUCGGUGCACACGUCUAUCGCUGGUGAGAUCAACGCUGUUUUGCAAAAGUCCGCGUUGAGCGAGGUCGGGCGCUUGGAGCAAGACGUGGUGUUCGGCGACGCGACGAGCAAAGAUCUCAUCGCGUUGUUCAACGACCUCGACUCGCGCGGCGUGCGUUUGCCCAUGGUGGAGAAACUUCGUCUAUUGCUGUGCUACGUCAGUUCGCACCCGCAAAAGAUUGACGAAAGUGAAAAGAAGCGAUGGAUGACGAACACUGGGCUGACGCUCGCGGACGUGAACAUCUUGCAAAAUCUAGAGUUAUUGGGCGUGAAGGUUCUGAAAGACGGCGCAUCGAAUCCGUUUUCGAGCUCGAUGUUUGGCUCGAGUACCAAGAGCAUUCGACCGAAAGUGCUCGAACGCAAAGGCGCGGGGAGCGAGUGGGAUUUAUUUAGAUUUUUACCCACGAUGGCGGGCUUGGUGACCGAGCUUGAUGCGGGAACUCUCGACGCGACGGAGUAUCCAUCCGUCGGAAUCUCUCCGGGAGCGGCGAACGCGCCGCCUACGAUGAUGUCGCCAACGAAAUCGCGCUCGAGAUCGGCAUCGGGGACGAAUCAUCGACGAAGUGACUCCAUGACGUCGAAUCGCGCGGCGAGCCAGCGUUCGAGUCGUCGCCUCAUAGUCUUCGUCGUGGGCGGUAUGACUCGUGGUGAGUUGCGCGAGGCACACGUCCUGAGUCAGAAAUUACACCGUGAGGUCAUCAUCGGCUCCACCUCGCUCGAAACUCCCGCGUCGUUCGUAGAAAAACUCGCCGGCUUGGCGUCUGUCGCUUCGAUUCCAGAGAAAUACGCCGACAUCGCGGAUUUGUCUGGACUGUAA